GCUCACAUCAGUCAGGAACAUGGAUGAAGAAAGGUACUUACCCAAGAGGCCGUGGGAUACCUGCCGAGAGCGCCCCGCCAUCGAAGAUGAACGGACGCCAUGGAAGAUGCUCAAACUGCUGAAGGUCAUCUCUACCUGCGUGGUGGCUUUGUUCGUGUUCGGCUUGGCCCUGUGUAGCAAGGCGACUUUUCUCCUCCUCAUCACGUUGUCCAACGACGGCACGAAGACGCUCUCCGAUGGGCAGAGGCCCGUCGCCCUGCUGUGCAUCGGCUGCGUUCUCAUCUCCUCCAGUGUGCUUCUCUUCCUGAAGAGCAUCUGGAAGGCGUGUCACAAGACCUCAAAGAUACCCGACAAAAAGACUCUCGCUGUGGUUCUGGUCUUCGAGUUCCUGGUUGCUAUGGGCGCGGCGAUUCUCACCAUCAUAGCAAUGCCGCACUUGGACAUCGUGACCAACAUAACGAUACUGAGCAGUGUGGCCGUCCUCUCGGCGCUCCUUCAGGCGGUCACUCAGUGCACCGCCAGGGCGAGGAACCGCUUCCUGGUGCCGUCCAUCACCGCCGUGCUCCUCAUUUUGCUCGGUUACGGCCUGUUCCUCUACCUGUACAUCACAAAGGACCUCACUGAUACCAAGACAAUGAUUUGGGUGGGACUGGCUGUUGGUGGGUCCUUCUUGAUGUCUUUUACCUGGUGGGAGAACUACUUGGGUCUGAUCAGCCAGAACAGCAGCUCCGUCUUCCUCAACGAGCUGUGUAGCAAAACGAAAAAGUGCCAGAACAUGCUUAACAUGGUCUCCAGCCUGCUCAGGAUCGCGGUGACCGCCGCCGUGCUCGGAGCCUACGUCCCUCUGGUCAAAAUGGACUGGGACGUCGUGACCGCCAUCCCGAGCCGCGAGACAAGAAUUAUAGCCAUCAUCAUCGGGGUCCAGCUGAUCUCCUCCGCACUCUGCCACUGGUUUGCAUUGGCGGCCUGCAAGAUGCACGCCCUGCGACGGUGCUUCAUCCUGCCUUUGCACCUGGCCUCUCUGGCCGUCAUGGUUCUCUUCAUUGUCCCCGUCAUCGUUUACUAUCAAGACCACAAAACAAGUCUGAACGGGACCUCGAUUGACUUCGCAGGCUACUGCAACCAAGUCGUUGACGCAAGAAACCAAAGCCUGACCGGCAGCGUGUUCCCCCCACUGGUUCUGGAUGUUACACACACUCUGUGCUUCCUGGACAUGUCCAGGACAUUUGACAUUGGCAUGCUGACAGGCUACGCGGUGUGCUGGUGGCUCGGCCUUGUGUUGGCCACCCUCCACAUCUGGUUCCUCAGUCUGUAUCGCAUCCAGAGGACCCAGGACCUGUUCACCAGGCGGCUGUUUGAGGGAGGGUUUCUAGAGCAGUCGCUGCUGCUGAACACUCGGUUCGACAUCCAGAGGACUGAAAAGCGAAAGCAAUUUAAGUCGCUCGACCCGGUGAAAGUGUUCCUUUGUGCGACCAUGUGGCAUGAAACCCAGGAAGAGAUGAUGAAUAUAAUCAUUUCCAUAUUUCGACUGGACAGGUACAGGCCGAAUAAGAAAGAAGAAAAGACCGACGUUACCUUUGAGGGACACAUCUACUUCGACGACGCCUUCAAAAAUGUUCCCGGAAGUCAGGAGCGCCUCGUCAACGAAUACGCAGAGAUGCUCGUGAAUAUUCUCAGAGAAGUUUACGGUAUCUUCUUGAACAUCAACAAAGGCGACUUCACAAAGCAGCAGCAGAUCCCCGACCAGAAGAUAUUGACGACGCCGUACGGAGGCCGUGUGGAGAUCACCAUGCCUCACGGGAACAGUUUAAUAGUUCACUUCAAGGACAAGACACUCAUUCGCCACAAGAAGAGAUGGUCCCAGGUCAUGUACUUGUACUAUCUCCUGGGCUGGAAAGUAGCAACCAAGUAUUUCAAUAAGUUGGAGAAAGGAGAGAAGGACUUUGAGCUGAAAAAAGACUUUGAGAAAGAGAAGCACAACACCUACAUCCUGGCUUUAGAUGGCGACACUGACUUCCAACCCGCUGCUGUGAUGCUGCUCAUCGAUCGUCUGAAACUGUACCCUCGCGUCGGGGCGGCGUGCGGCCGGAUUCACCCCACCGGAACAGGUCCCAUAGUGUGGUACCAGAAGUUUGAGUACGCAGUGGGUCACUGGCUUCACAAGACGGCGGAGCACGUGUUCGGCUGCGUGCUCUGCAGCCCCGGCUGCUUCAGUCUGUUCAGAGGAGCGGCGCUGAUGGACGACAACGUGAUGAAGAGAUACACCAUGAGGUCCUCAAAGGCGAUACACCACAUCCAGUACGACCAAGGAGAGGACCGCUGGUUGUGCACUCUGCUGUUGAAGCAGGGUUGGCGAGUGGAGUACAACGCGGCCGCGGAUGCCUACACCAAUGCCCCGGAGGAGUUUAAAGAGUUUUACAACCAGCGUCGGCGAUGGGGACCGUCCACCAUGGCCAACAUAGCGGACUUGCUGGGCUGCACCACCAUGAUCUCCAAGAGGAACCCGUCCAUUUCCAAAGCCUACAUGUUCUACCAGUUCUUGAGCUUGGUCGCCGGCAUUCUGGCACCUUCCACCGUCAUCCUUAUGAUUGCAGGUAGUUUGACUGUGCUCCUGGAUAUUCACCCGAGCGUCGCUCUGGUCAUGGCCCUGAUACCUCCAAUUAUCUUCCUCGCCAUAAGCUUCAAGCUCACGGCCAACACUCAGAUCAAAAUCGCAGGAGGCAUGAGCGUCGUGUACGCCUUCCUCAUGAUUAUCGUAGGGAUUUCCAUAUCAGGCAACGUAGUGAAGGAAGGAACCCUCCUGACUCCCAGCAGCCUCUUCAUCCUCGCCCUUGCCAGCUUUUACGUCGUCACCGCGAUCUUGCAUCCUCAGGAGAUCGGCCUGGUGUGCUACGGCUUCAUUUACCUCAUCUCCAUCCCCAGCGCCUACUUGCUGUUGUCGAUUUACUCCAUGGUCAACAUGAACAACGUGUCCUGGGGCACCAGGGAGACGGCGCCGGCUGCCGGACUUGCCGCGAGGGAAGCCCCUCAAACCGCAGCCCAGAAAGCCAAAAGCUCCAUCAUGCGGUUCUUCUCGCGGUCCAAAUGCUGUCGAACACUCUGUAGCACCGGCAGUGUGGAAGAGCUCACCCUCAACCAGGACAGGGUGGAGCCUCAACCCCAAAACAGUAUCGUGGAGGACGCCAGGACGCAUGUGGAGGAGCAGAGGCAAGAGCCUGUUUACUCCGUCACUCACCAAAGUUGGAUCACACAACUGCAGAGUCUGUCUGAUGACAUGCGUCUGAAGGAGGAAAGGCUCGACAAGGAUGAGGAGCAGUUCUUCAGAGAUCUUAUGGCCAAAUACCUGGAGCCUAUUCCGGAGAACAAAAAGGAACAGAAAGAAAUGAUCGACCAACUGAGGGACUUGAGAAACAAGAUUACCUUCGUCUACUUCAUCCUCAACGCCUUCUGGCUCAUCGUGACCUUCACCCUCCAGCUCUUGGACUCGUCUGUCUUCAUCAAGGUGCCAAAAAUAGACAACAACCUGGAACUCACCGGAGAGUUCAUCUACAUCGACCCCGUGGGCUUCAUGUUCAUCCUGUCCUUCGUCCUGCUGGUUGUCAUCCAGUUCAUCGGCAUGCUGUUCCACAGAAUAUACACCCUGAUCCAUUACGUGGCCUUCAUGGAUACAGAGCCCGUGUCUAAAAAACAAACACAAGAAGAAGAAGAACAACAACAAGAACAAAAAUAUCAGACAUUUAAUGAGGUUGACGACGUAGACAGCGACAACUCCGAUGACUCCGAUGACUACAUGUAUCCGAGCAUCCUCGGCCGAAGUCCGAACACCGGAACUAUGGUGUGAUCGACGACGGGCCCCAGAAAGAAAAACCACACCGCAGACGACCUGUCAUUAGCACUUUGAAGCAAAACAAGUACUGUAUGCAUCUCGUUGAAAUCGUUUUAGACACACACAUAUCAAUUAAUUGCAUUGUUAUUAUUAUUAUUAUUAUUAUUAUUAUUAUUAUUAUUAUUAAGUCUCUGCAUUGCUACUUCAACGUGAUAUGAAGAAUAAACUAGAGGUGUGUGAAGGUCAAAGUGCACAAUAUGAAGAAUAAACUAGAGGUGUGUGAAGGUCAACGUGCACAAUAUGAAGAAUAAACUAGAGGUGUGUGAAGGUCAACGUGCACAAUAUGAAGAAUAAACUAGAGGUUUGAAGGUCAACGUGCACAAUAUGAAGAAUAAACUAGAGGUGUGUGAAGGUCAACGUGCACAAUAUGAAGAAUAAACUAGAGGUGUGUGAAGGUCAACGUGCACAAUAUGAAGAAUAAACUAGAGGUGUGAAGGUCAACGUGCACAAUAUGAAAAAUAAACUAGAGGUGUGAAGGUCAACGUGCACAAUAUGAAGAAUAAACUAGAGGUGUGUGAAGGUCAACGUGCACAAUAUGAAGAAUAAACUAGAGGUGUGUGAAGGUCA